CUGUAUAAAUAGCUCACCAUGGAGGAGCUCAACACACCACAACCUUCUUCCUAGUCCAGCAUACAAGCCCUGUGCAGGUUUGAGCACUCGGUUGCUUCCACAGACUGCCACCUGUUUAUGCUGGCAGAACGUCUUUGGUGCUGUGUCCUGCAUUUGUUCUCUCUCUUUCUCUCACUCUCUUAGAAGUGCUUGCAACCUUGCACUCAUCUGCACCAGCUUCCAGUUGCGGGGAUGGAUAGGGUGAGGAGGUUGGCGUCGCAGAGGGCGGUGGUGGUCUUCAGCCUGAGCUCCUGCUGCAUGUGCCACACCAUCAAGCGGCUCUUCUGCGAGCUGGGUGUGAACCCGGCCGUCCACGAGCUGGACGAGGACCCCAAGGGGAAGGACAUGGAGCGAGCGCUGGCCAACAUGCUGGGCCGCAGCCCCCCCGUGCCCGCCGUGUUCAUCGGCGGCAACCUCGUUGGCCCGACCGAUGAGGUCAUGGCGCUCCACCUUGGUGGCAAGCUCGUGCCGCUGCUCCGCAACGCCGGAGCACUCUGGCUCUGACACCCUCCACGACCUCCUCCUCCUCCUGUCUCACUAUAAUACGUGCACUACGACGUCAUGUUUUGGCUGCUGUCUUCUUUAACCUGUGCGGGGUUAAGAUGUACAUUGUAUCAGUUGCUGCUGCAACUACAAACCUGUCAAUACUAUGUCUUCCAUGGUGUUCGAAUCAUGGCGGCACAGACUCUGUUUGAGAAGGCAA